CGAAAUUAUUUUACAAAAACAUCCCUGCUGUUCCCAAACUAGCCGCUAUGGGGCUCAGACUUCUAUCACUUCUUCCCGAGCAUAAGAGCUAUCAAACACAAAGAUUGUGACCAUAGCUUGUUCAGAAUACGAAAUAUUAUAUUUCAUAUAGACAGUGUGCCCUAAGGAAUUUCCAUAAUAUUUAGUAUGCAGUUUGUUUAGACAGAGAAGUACAUGGUGAAGUGCUUCAUGGAGAUACAAGGUAUUCGAGCUCUCGUUAUUACUGUUGUGGUUCCAUCAGCAACGUUACCAGCGAGCAUGCUUCAGAAGUGGACAAUUCAAUCCCCUACAAUCUUCGUCAACGAAGCAAAGCCAGGACGUAUAAUGAUUCGUUCAACGCUGGCAAAAGUUAAUAAUUAAUCUAACGCAUAUUUUGUAUGUUUACGUAACUUAGCCCCAUAGUCAGCAGCAGGUGUGAACGCAGGUGUGAUUGCUACCACCGCAAUCUUUGGCUUACUUUCCUAACGUUAUUGCUGUCUAUUGUGUAAGUUAUAUACAUGCACCUCUUUGGCUAUACGGACGCAUUGUGUAAGUGUGGUGUCACGCUCCAGAAGAACUACUUAUAAGCGCCUGGCCACACUGUACGGUAUAGUACACUGUCCUUGUUAUUGCAACUGACCUCGCGAUGGCAUACAGAGUUCUCCGGGAGCUAUGGGCGUUCCGGACGUCCCUCGUGUUCUGGUUGGUUCCUCUGGUUUUCUGCCCUCUGCCCAUCUACUACGCCUGGACAGACUUUUACACGGAGGCGGCGUGUGGGUAUGUGGUGAUCAUCAUGGCGUUCUACUGGUCCUGUGAGGUCGUCCCCAUCGGCGUUACCAGCCUUCUUCCCGUCGUCCUCCUCCCCGCCCUCGGCAUCCAGUCCGCCCGAGACGUCUGCAGCAACUACAUGACCGACGUGACCAUGUUGUUUAUCGGGGGACUGAUGCUCGCCGCGGCCGUUCAGAGGUGGAACUUACACAAGAGAUUCGCGCUCAGGGCACUCAUGCUGUUCGGCACUGAACCAAAAUGGCUGAUGCUGGGGUUCAUGUGCGUGUCAGCCUUCCUGUCCAUGUGGAUCAGUAACACGGCUACCACCGCCAUGAUGGCUCCCGUGGCCAGCGCCAUGUUGGACGAGAUGAGGCAGGAGGAGGAGCAGGAGGAGGAGGAGGAAAACGACACAAAUGACGAUUUGGAGCUAAAAGAGGUCAAAACGGUCGACGACCCGUCAGUCGCCAAAGAUCUAGAAUCCAGGAACAUGACUCCAAACGGAGAGACGGUGGUUGGCUCUGUAGAGGUGCAUGUGGGAAAUACGAAGCCGCCAGUUGUGGACGAUAAAACGAGAAGACGUCGUGACCUGAGAGACAAGGGACUUCUCCUGUGCGUCUGUCAGGCGGCUAACAUCGGCGGGAUCGCGAGUCUCACGGGCACCAGCCCCAACCUCGUCUGCGCCAGGGAGAUGGACGCACAAUUCCCAGACGGCCCCGGCAUUGACUUUGCCACCUGGUUCUUCUUCGGGUUUCCGACCAUGGUGCUUUGCCUUGUGCUUGCUUGGGUCUGUCUCAGUUUCAUGUACUUCGGUUGCAGCCUGUGCACCGGAAGCUGCUCCUGCUGUCAGAGGCGGACCCGAUCCCGCAGACAUGACGCCAUCACGAAGGCCUAUGCAGAACUGGGGCCCAUGACAUUUGCGGAAGGUGCUGCUCUGUUCCACUUCGUGCUGAUGGUCCUGCUGUGGUUCUUCAGAGAUCUCAGGUUCAUCUCGCUGGAGAGCGGCCGGGCGGCGGGAUGGACGUACUUCUUCGUGCCAGGGUAUUUUACGGAUGGAGCUGUCUGCAUCACUGUAGCGUUCUCGCUCUUCUUCUUCCCAUCGGAGAAACCACGGUUCCUGUGUUGUCGUUCUUCGGUUGACGACAGACCAGGGCCAGUUCCUGCACUGUUGGACUGGCGCAGUUUUAGCGACAGGAUGCCUUGGUUCGUGCCUUUCAUCUUCGGCGGCGGUAUUGCAUUGGCAGGGGGCGUGACGGCCUCUGGCCUGGCCACCUGGCUGGGUGACCAGUUCUCCAAAGUAGAUGGACUGCCGGACUGGGCGCUCCUGUUGGUGGUGUGUGCUGCAGUGGCGGCUUUUACGGAGUUUGCCACCAACUCAUCAGGACCGUCCAUUCUCCUGCCAAUACUGGCAAGAAUGGCUGAGAGAUUAUGCAUCAAUCCCUACUACCUGAUGGUGCCAGCUAGCAUCUCCGCCUCUUUUUCCUUCAUGCUCCCCGUGGCCACCAUGCCUAAUGCCAUCAUCUACUCAUAUGGAAAACUGAGCGUGUUGGACAUGAUGAAGUCCGGCAUCUGGUUGAACGUGCUGUGUCUGCUGGUGCUGAUGCUGACCACGCACACGCUGGGGAUCGCGGUGUACGGGGUGGACCAGUUCCCCAGCUGGGCCACCUGUCUCAGGGACGGGGUCGUCACCAGCAACACGACCGUGGGGAUAACACCGAUGGCAUGAGUGGCAGGAUAGUCAACAAUUCACAUUUAUACCACGCUUCCCAACUUCAUAUACCAACAGUAACCAAGGACAUGAUAUAAUGUCCUUGCUAAUAUGUACAAAUGGAAGUUCACAUUUCUAGCACAUAGUUUUACAAACCUUUCACCAUAAAAUCUGUGUCCUCACAUUUCCAUCAUUACGAAGAAUUGAGAAGCUAAAUCCAUUUACUCCAGUUGUCACACUGGCUUGUAUAUACGCAGAUAUAAACUCUUCUUUGCGACCUCUGCUUGGCGCAAAUAUGCGCAAUAAAGGUCAUUAAUUCACAUGGGAGCUGAUGACCGUGUAGGCUUCAUAGGCUCCAUCACGACUGUCCGAUCCAAGACAGGGUUUCACUGUAGUGAUGUUUGAAACAACUAUAUACAGGGUUUUUAUUUGACAUCACCUGCACCAUGUUGGAUUUCAGUAUAUAACCUGUAUGUAUGUACAACCAAGGACGUUAUAUGAUUGGUACAACAUACACACUGUAAUGGUAAUGAUGCCGUUUCCCCACUGAAGAAACCAAAGAACCUUGCAUUCCCAAGCAUGCAAUAGGGUCCGUGAUUAGAAAUUAGGGUGGUUAGAAAUUACCUGGACUCCUAUACUUGUUGGUGAGGGGAGAGUAUGGCAGCCCUAGUAAACUAACCAGGAUGAUCCAGUGUCAGAGCCACAAUUUUACCAGUACAGAUCCCAAUCACAGUCUGUCGACAGAGAUUCCAAUCAGGAUGUUAGGAACGUUGGCAUGGUCUCUUCUACACAAAUGUCCAAAGCUUUACGUCACUCUAUGAUAAAGAGCAACAUGAACCAAUGUUGAAAAGUUUUGUCUUAUCAGGGAAAACGUUUGACUCCGAUCAGGAUCUCUACCAACAGAAUCAGCCAAUCUGCCAGGCCAUAAUCUCUCCCGACAUCUAUGUUUCAGUCCCUCCAUCACAUGGCCCUUCUUACUGUGUCCGUAAUGCACUGAUGUACUGUAAGGAACAUGUUUCAGAGUACAAGAAAUCACAGUAGUUGUGAUAUUGUGUUUAAAUGAAUGCCUGGUAUGGAACAUUUGAAGUACUUGUGUAGCAUUAUUUUUUUUUGUGUGUGUGUGUGUGUGUGUGUGAAUAUAGCACAUGUAUACACAUAGAGCCCAUGCAGUGUUGUUAUUUCAACAACUUGUCGUGAGGUUUACCACAGCCAGCACACGUACAGCAAUAAAGGCAGCCCAUGUAACAGUGAAUGGCAGCAGUGACUCAUGGCAGACACACGAAUGUGGACAACUUGAAAUGGAAAUGGAGCCUUCUAUAUACAGACAUCUUUUUAUUUAGUCUUCUGUUACUAUUUAGCAUUCAAUACAUUGGACCACAGGUUGACAAUCCAGCUCGAUGCAAGUAUACGUUUGUACAGGCUUUUUUUUAUUCGAGAAGGCAACAUGGUCUAUUCCAAUGACCUCCAACCUCUAACCCCUGUAUUGUUACAGAGGAUCCUGGGAAAAUACAGAUGCCAAUUUUUUUCUCUUUAUCUUCUUCUCUAACAAUAUUCAUCAUUAUGUACAAGUAGAACUAGUAGGGAAGCUUUUCCUUGUAAAGUACAAGGGCAUAAAAGGGCUCUAAACUACCAACUUCAUUACAAGUUGCUGGGUCUUCCUUACACAGCACAGAGAUUUGGGCAGAAAAUAGCAUCCGAUAUUUAGAACAAUUAUAACUUAAUUCUUCUCCCUCCAGCACAGAUUGACUGGCCCAUGCCGCAUUGGUUCCCCUUCUCCAGAUUCUAAUUUAAUUACAAUUUUGCACUCCUCACAUUCUGAGCUGUCAAGGGUAUGUC